GCGACUAUCAGAUUGGCCUGGAAUGUGUACAAUUUAGCGUAUACUAUGAAAGUUGGUUUGUUGUCACACAUAGUUGAAAUGGACACAAGCAGUGUGUCUACACGGGAAAAUCUAAAAGAUUUAGAUAUAGAUUUUAUAAAAGAUAUAGGCUGGGCCAGUGUAAUGUGGGAAUCGCUCCAAAAAUGCAUGAAAAAGAGUUUUUUAAAUUGGGUAGAUACAGUUGUGACCAUGAGCCAAAAUGAAGAUGACAUUAAAGAAUGGAAAACAACAUUUUUGGAACAGUUUGAAGAAAGGUGCAUUGAACUAGUUGUAGAUAUCAGAGAAUUACAUGAGCAAGUCCUAUCGAACAUAGAGAAAUAUCUUGAAAGAAUACAAGUUUUAUGCAAACUUCUGCAAAUAGAUAUGCCAGUUAUUGGGCAGCAGAAAUUAGGAUUAUAUCAAGAACAAUUUCAACUGAAAAAACAAAUCAAAUUAUUAGAACAGAUGAGCGAAUCAAGAUUAUUGCUAUUUAAUCCAUUACAUGCUAAGCAAUUAGAAUUAUGUAAAAAUCUUGGCAAAGAACCUAAAUUUAUAGUCAAAAACUCUUUGCCUACAGUUGAGGACAUUGAAGAUUUAGAAAAAUAUAUUGAUGAACUGGAACAGGAAUCCUUUAAAAGACUGGAAACGUUCACAUCGAUCAAAGGAGAACUUGAGCAAAUAGUGAGUCAGCUAAAAUACACUCCUUCCACAUAUUUCGAAAAUGCUGUUUUGAAUGGCAGUGAAAAUGAUUUUGCAUUAACUGAAGAUAAUAUGGAAUCUUUAUAUGCGUUCUACAAUAGUAUGAAGAAGGAAUUGGACAACGUCACAGAAGAGAUUGACCUGUUAUGGAACAAAAUUGAAAAUAUUUGGACUUUACUAGAAAUUGAUUUUGUUGAAAGGGAACGGUUUCGUAAAAAAUAUGUAGAAAUUUCAAAGGAAACCUUAGAAGCUUUAAGACAAGAAAUGAGAAGAUGUGAAAAUUUAAAAAUGGCUAAUAUCAAGAUUUUUGUUGACAGAGUUCGUCAGGAAUUGCAACAGAUCUGGAAACAGUGUCAUUGCUCCGAAUCUGUUUUAAAUGACUUCAGAUAUAUCUACUGUGAUACGUAUACUGAAGAUCUCCUGGAACUGCAUGAAGAAGAGCUCAAAAAAUGGACAGCGUAUUUAGAGAAAAACAAAGAAACCAUUACUUUAAUAAAUAAACAUCGCCGUUUGUGGGAUAAAUUAACAGAAUUAGAAAUAAAUUCAAUUAAUCCGGAUCGUUUCAAUAACCGAGGUGGUAAACUUUUGAAGGAAGAAAAGGAAAGGAAUUUAUUGUUCAAACAGGUAUCAAAAAUUGAAACAAACUUGAUUAAUUUGGCGGAAACAUAUGAACGCAAAUACAAAGUACCUUUUCUAACAUAUGGACGUACUAUCAAGGAAUAUAUCGAUGACAGACAUGCGAACAAAGAAAAUGCAAAAUUAAUGUUUAAAAGUGCUAUGAAACUACAGAAAGGAACAUCAAUGAAUAUGCCAUCACUACAAAGGACCACUUCGACAUUAAAGAGAAACAUGGCUGAAUUUCCUUCAACAAAUCCAAAAAAAUUAAAGGUGGUCUCUCAUAAAGCGCUUACUGAGCCAAAGAGCAGUCGAUGUCAAUUGAAAAUACCUAAGAUUUUGGUUACAUCAGUUAGCAGUACUAAACGUUGGUCGGCUGAAAGAAAAAAACGAAUCGAAAAAAUUCGUCGAAUAAGUGGGCAGAAAGAAAUACGUGAUACUUCAUCCUACAUAGAAUUUCAGAAUGACUUAUCAAAUCGAAAAGAUUUGCGUAGUACCCUAGAAGGUCUAGGUGGUAGUGAUGAAUAGUCUAGUACCGAAUCGUCUCCUAGAAUAUUACCAAGCACCAAUAACAAAUAAUGUAUACCAAGCUGUAAAAAUUUCCAGGAUCAGCUCGUAAUAUAUUUAAUAUUGUCUGGAUAUUCAUUGUGUUUUGUAAAAAAUGUAAUAUAUGAAUAGUUCUACUUUGAUUUUAUGUAUGAAUAACUUAUUUUAUCGAAUAUACAAAUUAAUCCUUAUGCAA